GAGACCACGCGACUGGAACAGUUCCUGAAACGGGAAUUCCGCCUCUUCGACAAGGUGCAGGGACCGACGGACCGGGCGUACCACGACAUUCGACUGACCGACCCACGCCCCAUUAAGCAGCGGUAUCGGCCCCGGAACCCCGCUAUGCAGCGAGUAAUCGACGAGGAGGUCGAGAAGAUGCUGCAGGAGUGCAUAAUCGAGCCCUCUCACAGCGCGUGGAGCUCGCCGGUGGUGGUGGUGCGGAAAAAGGAUGGGUCGCGAAGAUUUUGUGUAGAUUUCCGCAAAUUAAAUAGCGUCUCGGAACCUGAUGCCUACCCGUUGCCGCAGGUCGCCGCUACCCUCGACAAACUCCGAGGGGCAAAAUAUCUGUCUACGCUGGACCUGCGGAGCGGGUAUUGGCAGGUUCCCGUGUCGGCCGCGAGCCGCCCCUUGACUGCGUUUGCCGUGCCGGGACGAGGAUUGAUGCAGUUUCGAGUAAUGCCCUUCGGUCUGCACUCCGCACCCGCCACGUUCCAACGGCUGCUGGAUGGCAUACUCGGCCCUGAGCUCGAGCCCCACGUACUCGUCUACCUAGACGAUAUCAUUAUCGUGAGCCGGACCUUCGAGGAACAUAUCACGCGGCUCGGGGAGGUCUUCCGGCGGCUCCGGGAAGCACGACUGCGCCUCAAUACGGAGAAGUGCCGUUUCUGUGUGGGCCGCCUGCGGUACCUGGGGCAUAUCGUGGACCGAGAGGGUAUCCGUACCGACCCAGAAAAAGUGAGCGCGAUAUCGGAAUGGCCGGUGCCCACGACCGUACGAAAGGUUCGGCAGUUCCUCGGGCUCGCGUCGUGGUACAGGCGGUUCAUCCCCGGUUUCUCCGCGCUAGCCGCCCCGCUCACGCGACUCAUCCGGAAAAAUGUGAAGUGGAGGUGGGGCGCGGACGAGGACGCCGCGAUGACCGCACUGAAGAAGCGGCUGACCACGGCACCGGUACUCGCGUGCCCCGAUUUUCGGGAGCCCUUCCAGCUGCAGACGGACGCAAAUCACCAGGCCCUCCGGUGGCUGCGCAGCCUGGAGACACCCAUCGGGCGACUGGCCCGCUGGGCCCUCGAACUACAGCAGUACGAGUUCGAGGUGCAAUACCGGCGAGGCGCUCUCAACACGGUCGCCGACGCGUUGUCUCGACGACCCGAGGUAAGCGCCAUCAUCUCGGAAAACGGUUGCCCUUGGUACCGCCAUAUGAGGGCGCGGGUAGCCGCAGAUCCCGCCGCCUGGCCGGACUACGCCAUCCAGCAAGGCCAGCUCCUCCGCCACAUCCUGCACGAGCUGGAUUUCCGCGAAACACCGGCGGAGGAGCAGUGGAAGGUAUGCGUGCCUCGAGAGCAACGCGCCGAAAUCCUUCACCAGCUCCACGACGAACCCACCGCCGGCCACUUGGGGAUAGCGAAGACGAUCGCCCGCGCGGCCCGCCGGUAUUAUUGGCCCGGAAUGUUCCGGGACGUAGCCCGACAUGUCCGGGCCUGCGAGACCUGCCUCGCCUAUAAGUCGACACAGGUCAAACCCGCGGGCCUUCUGCACGCCACCGCGGUCAAGGGCCCGUGGGAGCAGGCCACCAUAGACCUGAUGGGCCCUCUGCCGCGGUCGACCGGCGGCCACGCGUGGGUCAUCGCUAUGCAGGAUCGCUUCUCCAAGUGGCUAGAGAUGCGACCGCUCCGAAGAGCGACAACGGGGGCAGUGGAGCAGGCGAUCACCGAGGGCAUCAUGCACCGACACGGCUGCCCCCAAACAAUAGUGUCCGAUAACGGGAAGCAAUUCCGUUCCAAGCAAUUCACAAGAUUCUGCGGGGCUCACGGCAUCCGUCACCGCACCACCCCCAUCUACGCACCGCAUUGUAAUCCGGUGGAGCGGACAAACCGUGUAAUUAAGACCAUGAUCGCUCAGUUUGUGGGGAAAAACCACCGCAAGUGGGACAACCACCUCUCCGCGCUGCAGUUCGCAUACAACUCGACCGUCCAGGACUCAACGGGAUACAGCCCGGCCUUCCUGCUCAGCGGGCGGGAGUUGAGUUCCUGGCCGGAGACCCGUACCGCCGCUCCACUGGAAAGUCGCCGCCGACAGCUCGAGGACGCUUACGAGGUCGUCCGUGUAAAUUUGGCGCGAGCUUUUCAACGCCAGGAGCGCUACUAUAAUUUGCGACGGCGCUCCUGGCGGCCUACGAUAGGGGAGACAGUAUGGCGACGCGAGCAUCCCCUAUCGGAUAAAGCGCGAGGCUUUAACGCCAAGCUCGCGCCAAAAUACUCCGGGCCGUACGAAAUCCGGAAGAUAAUCUCCCCGGUAAUCGUCGAUCUCCGCGCUAGAUACGGCAAGUGGCUACGAAAUAUACAUAUACAAGAUUUGAAGUCAGGCAACAAUAACGAAAAGCCACAGGACGCGGAAGUCGACAACCCGGAAGGGGAAACCGAAACAACGGCCCGGGAUCUCACCGUCCUGUGUACGGAUCUCGCCCUCUCCGACGACGAGGAGAGGGCCCCGGCUGCCCCGCCGCCGUCGACGUCGCCACCACCAGCGACGCCACCGCCGACGUCGCCACCACCAGCGACGCCACCGCCGACGUCACCACCAACGUCACCGCCGACGUCACUGCCGACGUCACCGCCGCUACCACCAGCGAGCACACCGCCGCCGUCGCCGAGGCCACCGAACCCCCAAGUUCCGGCAAGGGGGACCCGGAUACAACGGUCCGACACAGCGCAGCGCCGGAAAUGCACAUCUCGCAUCCAUUCUCCGCAGUGGAUCAUCCCCAAUUUAACGGCCAAGCAGAACCUUCAACUCCUGAUGGGAAAUCUGCAGCCGAUUAUUCUUAGGAAAACGUAUCAGCUCACCGUUCUCCAAAUUAUUUCCAACAGUAUCGAAACUUACUUCCGCCUCAUCACCGCUUCUCAACGAAAAGCAACUCGACAUGCAGAAGUAAUUCGCACAACACCAUGGAAUCCAACUUAG